UUUAUCCGGAGUUUCCUUAACCCGAUACGAUACAUACAUACAUACAUACAUACAUUACAUACCGCCCGAUAAGGAACCAGGUAAACGUCAUCCCUCUGCGUGAGAUAAAGGGGAAUGAUUCCAACCUCAGCAUCGAAUCAUCAAUCUUCAAUCAUACCAAUGAUCGUAACCCAACUUUGAGAUCUCCCGGAAAGCAGGACAGCAUAUGCACCAUGGUCCUCAGUGGGUCAAGCGGGUCGAAGGUCACUCCAUACCUGAUAUACCUAGUGUUUAUCACUACGUUGGGGCCGCUCCAAUUCGGAUAUCAUCUGGCUGAGUUGAAUGCCCCCCAGGCCGUGAUCACCUGCGAGCGGAAAAGUAUUCAUUCGACGACAGCACCGAGCCUCCCGCAAUGCAUACCUAUGAACCCAUCCCAAUUCGGCCUGGUGUCGUCCAUCUACACUCUUGGUGGGUUAAUAGGAGCUCUGCUGGCAGGCCCAGUCUCCACCAAACAUGGUCGCCUAUUCGCCCUGCGAGCGACCACUAUCUUCUUUAUCCUGGGGCCUAUAGCGGAAACAUUCGCACCAAGUAUACCCGUGUUGAGUCUCGGUAGGCUUUUGUCUGGCGUGGGCGCGGGCGCUUCCAUCGUCGUGGGUCCAAUUUAUAUAUCCGAGAUUGCUCCUCCCAGUGCUAGAGGGUUUUUCGGUGCUUUUACUCAGAUCAUGACGAACGUCGGUAUUCUGCUAACGCAGUCCCUUGGUUACUUCCUGAGCAGAGGAAAUAUGUGGAGAGUAAUUCUUGCAAUUGCGGGUGUUAUCGGAUGCUUGGAGCUUCUUGGUCUCUUCUUGGUUCCGGAAAGUCCCAUCUGGCUUGCAGACCAUCAGAAGGGGAAUGUUGCCAGACAGGUACUACAACGCAUACGGGGAAAGAACACAGAUAUCGAGCCAGAGGUUGAAGGCUGGAGAACCUCUGCAGGAGCUGAGAACAGCUCCGGGGAAGAGCAGUCACUGCUCUCGCCCCCGUCAGGCAACAUGCCCUCCAAGCAGCCUCCCGUUACAAUUACACGGGCUAUUACCGAUCCUUUCUACCGCCCUGCAAUCAUUGCUGUGGUGGGAGUGAUGGUUUCCCAACAGCUCAGCGGUAUUAACAGCAUUAUCAUGUACAGCGUUUCACUCUUGCAAACCAUCCUCCCCACCACGGCCGCCCUGUUGACCGUGAUCAUCUCCGCCAUCAAUCUUAUUAUUACACUGGCCUGCUCACCUCUACCGGACAAAAUUGGUAGGCGGCCGUGCCUUCUCCUGAGCAUCGGCGGCAUGGGUCUCAAUUCCGCUCUAUUGGCACUAGGGAUCUACUUCAACUUGAAGGCUUUGUCUACUAUUGCCGUGCUACUCUUUGUGUCUUCCUUUGCCGUCGGUCUUGGCCCCGUUCCCUUUAUUCUGGCGUCUGAGCUGGUCGGUCCAGAGGCCGUCGGUGCCGCGCAGAGCUGGGCGCUGGCAGCGAAUUGGGUUUCCACGUUUCUCGUGGCCCAAUUCUUCCCUAUGUUGAACGAUUUGCUGGGCGGACGGGGCAAGAUCUACUGGAUCUUUGCUAUGAUGGCCUGCCUCCUUGGAGGAUUUGUCUACUGGUGGGUGCCAGAGACGAAGGGGAAAGCCAAUGCAGAUGAAGUGUGGGGCCGAACGAAUGAGCGGAGACGGGAUUGAUUUAUCUGGAGUUAGUUUCUUUCGGAUGUCCUUCAGGCGCCCAGUCAAUACUGACCACUCUUGAGGUAUCCGGCCAAGUUGUAUUAGCUUAAAAAAAAAAGGCCCGCUAUUUAACAGAUAUCUAAAGGAGAAUAGCAGUCAUCACCCCCUAUCCACAUAGUCUAGUAGGAGAGAGUCAUAGACACGUAACUAUGUUCUAGACGCUCAUAGACAUCCUCGAAUUGCCAAUGGCGAUAUCGACGAGUGGAAGAUACACCCGGUGUUGUACCCCACU